CUGGCCUAGAUCAGCUGAAUCAGAGCGAAUUGAGACCUCGUAAAUCACAGGGAGAUCCAUUCAGUGGUUGACGGCAGCCAGCGACGAUCGCAUAUAAUCUAGGUGGUCUAGAUCAUUCCAGAUUCAAUAGAAGACUCGGGAUUUUUAAAGAAUUUGAGAUACUUGGAGAGAUAAGCAAGCAGAACAUUCGGAAUAACUCUACCUGAAUCAACAUCAUGCAAAAGGGCGCAUUAUUUUUCAUUUUCUUUGUUGGAUUGCUCGCACUAAUUGAUGCUGCAGACAAUAUUGAUGACAUCGCUGCAUAUAUCAAGCCUCAUGAAGGACUGGAGACGACAGCGUAUGAGGACUCCAAAGGCUUUACGACCGUCGGAGUGGGGUUUAACAUGGAUCGCGCUGGUGCAAAGGAAGGCUGGCAAAAGGGUCUUCCCGAUGUUGAUUUUGAUAAAGUAAAAAACAAAGAACUAGCAGUAACGGAGGCCCAGGCUAUGAUACUAUUUAAGGCGGAUUUGAAAAAUACAUACAUCCCACGUGCAAAGGGAAUAUUCCCAAACUUUGACAAAUACUGCGCUGCGCUCCAAUCUGCAAUCGUGGACGCCCUCUAUCGUGGUGACUUAGGACCAAAGACCCAAGCUCUGAUCAAAGAGGAGAAGUGGAAAGAAGCUGGAAAGGAGUAUAUCGACCACGAUGAUUACAAGAAGGCUGUUGCUGGUGAAGCUGGUUUUGCAGGAAUAAAAACUAGAAUGGAUGAAAACAAAAAAAUAUUUGAUGAACAAGCCUGUGACGCCCCGAAGAAGUGUACGAAAGAUAAACAAUGCCGUUGUUGUAAAGAUCGUCCAUACUGUUGCGAGGGUAUAUGUAGCGAGUGUACAAAGGAUGAACACUGCACCAAGGCAAACAGGAACAAGUGCGUUAAAGGGGACGCCGGAGCUUGGGUAUGCG